UAAUUUACUAUUAUUAUUUAUUUAUUUAUUUAUUAUUUUAGAGUUUUAAAAAGCUGAAACUUGUAAUAGAUUAAUUUUUACUUCUAUUGACAGAUUCAACAGAAAUAGUUGCUCUUAUAUUCAAAUUACCACUUGACAUAAAAAAAUAAAGAAAGCCUAGCAUUUUUUUUUUUUAUACUUUUUAGCACUUUGGGUUACUGCUAUCAUAUUCUAUACUCUAUGGAAUUAUAAAAUGAGACAUCAUUCACAACUCAAAAUGUGUAAUACUUACAUAAAAGAUUGAGGAAAACUGUGCUUCUAUUGGGUGCACAUCUUGACGGUAAGACACAGCAGUUUAAGGCCAUUGUCAAUGAGGUCACUGGAUUCAAAAACUUAUGGAAGAUUUCCUUAUUAUAUGCUCUGUGCUUUUCCCACCUACUCCCUUCCCCCCCUUCAAAACACUUCUACUAGUGGAUGAUGUGUGAAAAGGAACUUUGAUUUGCAAGCUUUCUUGUUUGUUUGGCAGCAUUUUAUGAGUUUCAAGUUGAUUCUAAUAUAUGGCAGAGACUGUAGUUUGUUUUGUUUUGGACAAGCUCGUCCCUUUAAUUACUGCAAAAGCAGGCAUGUUAAGCGGCUUACCCACAGAGUUGGUGGCCAUCGGCAAUGAACUCAGAAGCAUAAAAGUUUUCCUCAAGGAUGCGGAGCUAAGGGCAGAGGAAAAUGAUGGUGUCAAAGAAUGGGUCAGACAAGUGAGGGACAUAGCUUAUCAAAUUGAAGAUGUGAUCGACGAACAUUUGCUGCUUCAAUAUCCUCACGACCAUCCUUAUCAUCAGUGCUUCAACAUCUUUAGUUAUCUAACCCGAUGUGUGUUUCUGUUGAGGCCAAAACAUCAGAUAGCAAGCACCAUAAGAAGGGUCCGGUCGGAGGUUUUGGAAAUCAAUCAAAGGAGGAGCAGUUUCACCCUUGGUGGAGGCCCAAGCUCUUCAAAUGGACUUGAGUAUGAAGAUCCACACAAGCACAUAGACCAAGACCCACGAGCAGGCUUUCUCUAUGUUGACGAAUCUGAGCUUGUGGGUAUUGAUGAUCCCAAGAGGGAUUUAAUUAGGAUGUUGGACUUGGAGCCUCAGGAUUUUCCACAAGGCAAGUUGAUAUCAGUGAUUGGUAUGGGUGGCCUAGGAAAAACAACAGUGGUUAGAAAAUUGUACGAGGACAUGUAUGUGAGGAAGCACUUUCCUCUUCGUGCUUGGAUCACUCUUUCUCAACCUAAUAAAACGAUACAUGUAAUAAGGAACAUGCUGACCCUAUUUUACAGAUCUGCCAGGGACUGUGUACCCCCUGAGAUUGGUAACAUGGAUGAAGAAUCUCUCAUUGAAGUAUUGAGGAACUACCUACGAGAACGAAGGUUUCUUGUUGUUUUUGAUGAUGUUUGGUCUAUUGAAACAUACAUUAAAGAUGUCUUGCCCACUAAUAACAAUGGAAAUAGAAUAUUGAUGACAACACGCCUUGAAGAUGUUGCUCUUGCAUGGAAGGGGUCAUCUUUUGAUCACGUUUACAAGCUUCAACCUUUGUCUUCCGAAAAAGCGUGGGAUCUCUUCUGUAGGAAAGCAUUCCGAGACCUUAAGGCAAAUUGUCCUCUGGAACUAGAAAAUUUGUCACGUGCUAUAGUCAGGAAAUGUGAAGGAUUGCCACUUGCAAUUGUUACCAUAGGUGGUCUGUUAUCAACCAAAAACAAGAUUGUGAUGGAGUGGCAAAAUUUGUGCAACAGCAUUGGUGCAGAACUGGCAAGUAAUCUUCACCUGGCCAGCCUAAAGAAAAUUCUGCUACUCAGUUAUCAUGAUUUGCCUCACUACUUGAAACCUUGUUUUUUAUACAUGGGCAUCUUUCCUGGGGAUCAUUCUAUUGAGCUCCACCGUUUGGUUAGGCUGUGGAUGGCUGAGGGUUUUAUCCCAAGGAAAUCUGGCAAGACACUUGAAGCGGUAGCAAAUGAGUUUUUGAUUGAACUUAUUCGUAGAAGUUUGGUGCAUGUUACCUGGGUAGAUGUCUCUGGAAGACCCAGGAAUAUACGGGUCCAUGAUCUCCUUCGUGAAAUAAUACUUUUGAAAUCACAUGAACUCAGCUUUUUUCGGGUUCUCAAUGAGGAAAACUCGUCCAUGGAUGCUCAAAGUAGGCGUUUGGUGAUUCAGAAUGAUAAGCAGGGAACUAGUACUGAGGUGGUUGUUGAGGGAAUGGCUAGAAAGCAAGGUGUCCGUUCUCUCUUUCUGUUUUUGGAACAUGAAGCCGUGCCAAAGUUCAUGACAGGCUCAUUUUUAAGGGCUGUACACCUCUUAAAAGUGCUUGAUCUUCAAAAUGCUCCUGUAAAUUACAUCCCAGAAGCUACAGGAAGUCUACGUCACCUGCAGUAUCUGAGCCUGAAAUGGACUAAGGUAGAGAAGCUACCAAGAUCCAUUGGCAAACUUGGGAACCUUCAAAGUAUGGAUCUCAAACAUUCCCUCAUACAAGAGCUACCGGCUGAGAUAGGUAAAUUUCUUCAUUUAAGACACCUCAUGUCAUAUUCUUACCAUUGGGAUGAUACUUUCAGUUUGUAUGUGAAAAAUGUGAAAGCUGCAAAGGUACCAGCUGAACUUUGUCGAAAUUCCCAAGAAAUGCAGAACUUGGGAUGGGUGGACGUGAGUCAUUCAGCUGGUUUCAUAGACCAGUUGGGGAAUUUGAAGCAGUUGAGAAGGUUAGGAGUCGCACAGCUCACGAGAGAAGAUGGGAGGAACUUGUGUAAUGCAAUCAAGAACAUGCAUCACCUUGAAGAAUUUAUGAUUGCUUCUAGAAACAAGGACGAGGUGCUUGAGAUAGAUCGUAUGUCUUCUCCUCCUAUGCUUCGCCGCCUACUUUUGAUGGGACGGCUAGAUAAGCUACCGGAAUGGAUUUCAAUGCUCGAAAAUGUUGUCAAAUUGGUCUUAUGUCACUCAAGUUUGAAUCAUGAUCCGCUUGAAGUUAUCGGAGCGUUGCCAAAUCUGAUAAAGCUUAUAGUUUGUGAGGCAUAUGAUGGUGAGCAACUACAUAUUAGUGCAAGAAGGUUUCAAAAACUUAAGGUGCUACGCCUUUACAAUCUCUGCAAUCUUAAAUCGUUGAAAAUAUUGCUGGGGGCUCUGCCUGUAUUGGAAGAGCUGGAACUUGGACCGAGCCCAUUGCUGAAGGAGGUACCAAUCAGCAUUAAAAACCUCGAGAACUUAACUCUGCUCAGGUUCCAUGAUAUGCCCAAGGAAUUUUUGGAUGACUUGACCCCAAAGACGGGCCAGCAUUAUCACAUCAUUGAUCAUGUGCCAAAUGUUUAUAUUAAUUUUAUGGCUGGUGCAGCCCACUGGGAAACUUCUUUAAGACAUCCACAAUACAAAGAAAUGGUGUCUUACAAAACAGGAGCCAUGUAUCAGAGAUGCAAACGCAGCUCUGCUUGGGGUACAACUGGUGCUCCAAUAUAUAAACCGUCUGGUGGUACUGGAAAGUGAUUGCGACGAGUUGAUGCAUCAGUUGUGGUUGAGGAUAAUUGUAUAGGGAACAUUUCUUGGGAGACUGCUUCAAGCACAAUGUCAAGCAAUCCAGUACCCUUUACUCCCAUACUAGGAGACAGCAUGUCUAGCAAUUACAAUAAAGGUAUGUUUCAUAGUAUUUCUAUGCUCACUGUCCAGUCUGUUCUAUAUACUCUGGUGCUCACCAUAGCGAAACUCUCCAUGCUGAUUGUGUUGUGUGAAUACUACUCCAUACUAGUGAAUUUGUGAUCUUCAUGAGGCUCUUUAUUCAAACGACUCUGUAAAAUGUAAUUGCAAAUAAUUGUCCCUUUUAAUUUCUAACCCUUCAUUCAUCUUGGAGGCAAUUUACUAAAAUGCAAACUCUGAGCAUCCUUUUUUUGUUCCUGAGAAUUCCUGCUAGAUUUAUAUGCAUGUCUCGUGCAACAUUCCUAUCUUCUUUAUUCGUUGCGUAAUAUUUUAUUUUUUUGUGUUCUUUUUCUUUGAAAACUGUAAUUAUGGAAGUGUAAUUAUGCCAGGUAUUGUAACAAUUAAAAUCAUAGAUAAUUUUGUUUUUCUUCGGGUGCUAUAUGAAGAAUAUUCUGUAAAAUCUGGAACCAAGAUGUCUCAGAAUCUAUUAUAGAAAAUAUAAGAAUUUGUGGUAGAUUGAAUGCUAAAUUUGGUGUCACGUACACCUAUAUGGCUAAGCUUAUUGGUUAUUAUAAUAGGUCAAUGAUUUCUCAAGAAUGUUUUUUUUUUUUUUUUUUUUUUUUU